AUGUGUGCCGAUGGUUCACGUCUCCUCACCGCCAGCCGAUCUCCUGCUGAGUACCCAUUGGAAGUGAAAUACAAGUCUGUCCUGGAGAGCAGGAUGCCCAGAGACCCAAUGACCCUGUUCAACCUGAAGAGGCUGUCUCCUAAGGAGGAGUUCCCAAACCUUGCCAGAAAUUACACCUGCAUGGGCCGCAUCCUUACCCUCGACAUGUACAAGCGGCAGUUCAACAGAGCCACUGAGAGUGGAGUCAUCUUUGAUGAUGUCAUACGGCCAGGACUCGAGGAUCCAGGAAAGCCCUCGAGGCCAGAAGCUGUAGGCUGUGUGGCUGGAGAUGCGCAGUCCUAUGUCCUCUUCUGCGACUUCUUCGACCGCAUCAUCGAAGCCUAUCAUGGCUACAAGGUCACCAGCUCUCGCCAGGAAAGUGAUUUCAACUACAACAUUUUAAAGGGUGGCGAUGACUUUGACCCAGCAUAUGUAGCGGGCUGCAAAGUGUGUGUCAGCCGGAGCCUGGACGACUUUUCCUUCCCCACACACUGCAGUCGUGGAGAGCGAAGACAGCUUCUUGCGCUGGCUAAAAAAGCCUUCUGUCAGCUAGGUGAACAAUUCCCAGGUCAGCUCUACUCCAUGGAGGAAGUGUCCCAGAGGAAGCAGGACAACGGAUUCCUCCUGAAGGUGCCUUCCGAGUUCCAGAUGAGGACAGGGAUGGCUAGGGAUUGGCCCGACUCACGCGCAGUUUGGGUGAGCACACAUGACAACCUGGUUGUGUGGAUUAACAUUGAAGACCAUCUUCAGUUUGUCUCCAAGCAGGAUGACUCCAAUAUUAAAAAGGCAUUUGAGACUGUUUGCACGCAGCUCCAAAGAGUGGAAGCGGUGUACAGGACACUGCGACAUUCGUUCAUAUGGAAAGAGCAUCUGGGCUGGGUGGUCAGCUCUCCAGCGGAGGUGGGGACCGGUCUCAAGGCCAGCAUUCGGGUGAAGCUGCCCAACAUGGCCCAACACCGCCUCUUGGAGAACAUCUUGGAAAGACUACGUGUUCGCAUGGACACCCGUGAAUCCAGUGGAGUGUGUACAGUAACAAACGCUCAGACCAUUGGCUUCACCGAAGUUGAGCUAAUGCAAUUACUGGUGGAUGGAGUCAAGAUGCUGAUUACAAUGGAGAAGAAACUGGAAGCAAGUGCAAGUAUUGAUCACUUAAUUCCAGCUCAGAAGUAG